AUGCACUUCCACACCUAUGCACGUCCACAUCUACGCACGUCCACCUACGCACGUCCACACCUACGCACGUCCACACCUACGCACGUCCACACCUACGCACGUCCACCUGCGCACGUCCACACCUACGCACGUCCACACCUACGCACGUCCACACCUACGCACGUCCACCUGCGCACGUCCACACCUACGCACGUCCACACCUACGCACGUCCACACCUACGCACGUCCACCUACGCACGUCCACCUACGCACGUCCACACCUACGCACGUCCACACCUACGCACGUCCACCUACGCACGUCCACCUACGCACGUCCACCUACGCACGUCCACACCUACGCACGUCCACCUGCGCACCGUCCAUACCUACGCACGUCCACACCUACGCACGUCCACACCUACGCACGUCCACACCUACGCACGUCCACACCUACGCACGUCCACCUACGCACGUCCACCUACAGUACAGAUAGGAGGUGGUAGAGCGUGUAGCAGAGGAGGUUGUAUAGCAGGUUGUGUGUACCUGAGAGCAGCUGCAGGUUGUGUGUACCUGAGAGCAGCUGCAGGUUGUGUGUACCUGAGAGCAGCUGCAGGUUGUGUGUACCUGAGAGCAGCUGCAGGUUGUGUGUACCUGAGAGCAGCUGCAGGUUGUGUAGCAGGUUGUGUGUACCUGAGAGCAGCUGCAGGUUGUGUGUACCUGAGAGCAGCUGCAGGUUGGGCAGAGGUUCAGUGA